UUCUCUCCGAGAGAGACUCGCGUGGGCCGCUCCCCUCCCGGAGGGCCGCGGGGAGAGGUGCGGGUGUCACUGGUGGCCCCUCCCCGUGCGGGGCCACGUGGCGGACGCGGCCGAGCCCGGGGGAAAGAACCUGGCCCGUGGGGAAAAGAGCCGGCUCGGCGGCGCCCCGCCGAGCCGAAAGCCGAGGGGUUUGGAGCAGAGGCGGCGGCGGUGAGAGGGAGGGUAGGAGGCAGGCCAGCGCAUGGGGUGCCCCGGCCCCGCCGGCAGCGCGCCCCCUGGGGCCCGGCCGAGCUGACCGCCCUCGGCGCCGCGCCUCCAACUCGCGCCCCGAGCCAUGCCGGUCAUGAAGGGGUUGCUGGCCCCGCAAAACACCUUCCUGGACACUAUCGCCACCCGCUUCGACGGCACGCACAGUAACUUCCUCCUGGCCAACGCACAGGGCCCACGGGGCUUUCCCAUCGUCUACUGCUCUGACGGCUUUUGUGAGCUCACAGGUUACGGCCGCACCGAGGUCAUGCAGAAAACCGGCAGCUGCCGCUUCCUCUACGGUCCCGAGACCAGUGAGCCAGCCCUACAGAGGCUCCACAAGGCCCUGGAGGGCCGUCAGGAGCACCGGACUGAAAUGUGCUUCUACCGGAAGGAUGGCUCAGCCUUUCGGUGCCUCCUGGACGUGAUGCCCAUCAAGAAUGGGAUGGGGGAGGUUGUGCUUUUCCUCUUUUCCUUCAAGGACAUCACUCAGAGUGGAGGCCCAGGACCCGGCCCCUCUGGAAGCCACGGGGACAGCAAUCAUGAAAACUCCCUUGGCAGGAGGGGAGCCAGCUCAAGACUGCGAUUCGCCAGGAGACAGAACCGGACUGUCCUGCGCAGACUGACUGGCCACUUUGGCCGCCGGGGCCAGGGAAGCAUGAAAACCAAUCAUAACGUGUUUGAGCCAAAGCCAUCAGUGCCCGAGUACAAGGUGGCCUCCGUGGGGGGGUCCCGCUGCCUCCUCCUCCACUACAGCGUCCCCAAGGCUGUAUGGGAUGGCCUCAUCCUCCUCGCCACCUUCUACGUUGCGGUCACCGUCCCCUACAAUGUCUGCUUCUUGGGCGAUGAUGACACCCCCAUCACGUCCCGACACACCCUUGUCAGUGACAUCGCCGUGGAGAUGCUCUUCAUCCUGGAUAUCAUUCUGAACUUCCGCACCACCUAUGUGUCCCAGUCCGGCCAGGUGGUCUCUGCUCCUCGUUCCAUUGGUCUCCACUACCUGGCCACCUGGUUCUUUGUCGACCUUAUUGCUGCUCUGCCUUUUGACCUGCUUUACAUCUUCAACAUCACCGUGACAUCGCUGGUGCACCUGCUGAAGACAGUGCGGCUGCUGCGGCUGCUGCGGCUGCUGCAGAAGGUGGAGCGGUACUCGCAGUGCAGCGCCGUGGUGCUCACGCUGCUCAUGUCCGCCUUUGCGCUCCUUGCCCACUGGAUGGCCUGUGUCUGGUAUGUCAUCGGGCGCCGGGAGAUGGAGGCCAACGACCCACUGCUCUGGGACAUCGGCUGGUUGCAUGAGCUGGGCAAGCGGCUGGAGGUGCCCUAUGUCAACAGCUCGGCGGGCGGCCCGACGCGGCGCAGCGCCUACAUUGCCGCGCUUUACUUCACGCUCAGCAGCCUCACCAGCGUGGGCUUCGGCAACGUGUGCGCCAACACUGACGUGGAGAAGAUCUUCUCCAUCUGCACUAUGCUCAUAGGCGCGCUGAUGCACGCCGUGGUGUUCGGGAACGUGACGGCCAUCAUCCAGCGCAUGUACUCGCGCCGCUCGCUCUACCACAGCCGCAUGAAGGACCUCCAGGACUUCAUCCGCCUGCACCGCCUGCCGCGGCCGCUCAAGCAGCGCAUGCUCGAGUACUUCCAGACCACGUGGGCUGUCAACAGCGGCAUCGACGCCAACCAGUUGCUGCGUGACUUCCCGGAUGAGCUGAGAGCUGACAUUGCUCUGCACCUGAACCGGGAGAUCCUGCAGCUGCCGCUGUUUGGAGCAGCCAGCAGGGGCUGCCUGCGGACCCUCUCCCUGCACAUCAAGGCCUCAUUCUGUGCUCCGGGCGAGUACCUGCUGCGCCAGGGGGACGCUCUGCAGGCGCACUACUACGUCUGCUCAGGCUCGCUUGAGGUGCUCCGUGACAACAUGGUGCUGGCCAUCCUGGGGAAGGGGGACCUGAUUGGGGCAGAUACCAUUGAGCCAGGACAGGAGCCUGAGUCAGGAGCAGGCCCGAGCUGUGUGCUGAAGACCAGCGCUGACGUGAAGGCACUGACCUACUGUGGCCUGCAGCAGCUGAGCAGCCGAGGGCUGGCUGAGGUCCUGAAGCUCUAUCCUGAGUAUGGGGCUGCCUUCCGGGCUGGUCUGCCCCGGGACCUCACCUUCAACCUGCGCCAGGGCUCUGACACCAAUGGCCUCAGCCGCUUCUCCCGGUCCCCCCGGUCCCCUCGAUCCCCUGGGCCCUCCCAGGUAACAUGCCCUUCCUGGGUGGAGUUGAGGUUGAAUGGGGGAGAGGUGGGGGAUGGGGACACCUUCUUUGGCUCCUCUGCUGCAGGGAGAAGGGAGAGGGGAUGGGGAGCAUCAUCUGCCAGUGAAGACUGUUGCUUAAUGAAGGGGCCUGUUGUUCACUGUCCUGCAACACCAGCUGCUCCCUCUGCCCACAGCCCCGCUCCGAAAGCCGUGGCUCCUCAGACAAGACCCUGCCAUCCAUCACCGAGGCCAAGGCUGAGUCAGAGCCCGGAGGUGGUCCCAGGCCCCGCCGGCCCCUCCUGCUGCCCAACCUUAGCCCAGCAAGGCCCCCAGGCUCCCUGGUCAGCCUUUUGGGCGAGGAGCUGCCUCCAUUCUCAGCCCUUGUCUCUUCCCCUUCCCUGUCCCCAUCCCCAUCCCCUGCCCUGGCUGGUCGAGGCCACAGCCCCUCCUCUCAUGGCCCCCCCAGGGGCUUUGCUGCCAGGAAGCCACCCCAGCUUCUUAUCCCCCCACUGGGAACCUUUGGAACUACGGACCUCAGUCCUCGUGGACGGCAUUGAGGACUCCGGCAGCACAGCAGAGGCUCCUACAUUCCAGUUCAGCAGGAGGCCUGAGCACCCUAGGCCCCGCUCUCAGGCCUCCCCUACAGGGACCAGGCCCAGCCAGGAACUGGCCACUGAAGCUGAGGAGAUGAAGGAAAAGGUCUGCAGGCUGAACCAGGAGAUCUCCUGCCUCAACCAAGAAGUAUCUCAGCUCAGCCAGGAGCUCCGGCACAUGAUGGGCCUGCUGCAGGCCAGGCUGGGUGCCCCCGGCCACCCGACAGUCUCCGCUUGGCCCUCAGACCCUCCGUGCCUCCAGCAGAGGCCUCCAUGCAUCUCUCCCUGUCGGUCGGGAACACCAUCUAGCAUCCAGGAUACGACUCUCGCUGAGGUCCACUGCCCAGCCACUGUGGGGACAGCAGAGAUGGGGACUGCCCACCCCAACCUCAGACCCUACGUGUUGUCCCCCUACCCCUCAGAGCCUGACCCUCUGGGACCCUCCCCGGUGCCAGAGGCCUCACUUCCAACCCCCAGCUUCCGGUCCAGGCUGUCACUGAAGGUGGUCUCUUCUGUUGCCAACAACUUGAAACAGUUCCAGCAGCACUCCUGCCCCUCCGCUGCCUCCAGACUUCAGCCAAGCCUGCUCUCCCCUUUACCAACAUGGUCUCCCUUGGAGCCCUGACUUCUCACAACCUCACCCUGGUCUCCAGUUCUCCUUUACCACUCAACACUUUGGGAUAGGAAAUAAAUUCUUUAUUUUUGUA